AAGUAAAAUAUAAUAAUCACUUCUUUGUCCUUGCAUCUGGCCUAUAAAAUGCUCAGAGUUAGAGCCUACUAGACAAAGUAACAUAAAAUCUGGGUGGGACGAAGACAUGAAGCCCAUCUGUGUUUUCUUCCUUCUCUUCUCCCUUCUCAGGGGUGCCACACUCAGUAAUGGAAGAAAGGAACCAGGGUACUAUUGGAAGAGCAUAAUGAAGGACCAACCCAUGCCAGAAGCAAUUAAGAAUCUUUUUCAACUAAACCCAACUCCCCUCUCAGAAGAAGAGGGCAAGUUUGUCAAAGAUUUUGAUUUUGGUGCUAAUGCUAUCAUUUAUCACAGCCGUGACCACCAUAAAGCAGAGAAGUUUCAAAGUUCACAUCAAGGACUUGCUGUGGCUGAUACAAGGGAAGGAGGAGAUGGGUAUCAAAUAGCAAGGCAGAAUAUCAAAUAGAGGACCCAAGUUUGCAGUAAAUAAAAUAGUGUGCUUAUGUUGACAGUGUUUAAGAUUUAUUUAUGCUGUUGAAACUUCUCCUUGGUUAUAACUUCUCUGCAAUGUGUCUGGCUAAUUGAAGCUUUUAGAGUUGAUGUUGCUGUAAAGGAUAGCCGAAUUCAAGCUUAAUAAAUGAAUAGUCAGAUGAUUUUUUACA